AUGAUUAAUAUCGCCGGCGUUAUCAGCAUCGUGCUGUUCUACAUCCUGAUCCUUGCGGUCGGCAUAUGGGCAGGCCGGAAAAAGGAGUCCGGCAAUGACUCGGAGGAAGAGGUGAUGCUGGCCGGCCGCUCGAUCGGUCUGUUCGUUGGCAUCUUUACCAUGACGGCCACCUGGGUCGGCGGUGGAUACAUCAACGGAACGGCCGAGGCCAUCUACACGUCCGGAUUGGUCUGGUGUCAGGCUCCAUUCGGCUAUGCUCUCAGCCUUGUGUUUGGUGGCAUCUUCUUCGCGAACCCAAUGCGCAAGCAGGGUUAUAUCACGAUGCUGGAUCCGUUGCAGGAUAGCUUCGGUGAGCGGAUGGGAGGCCUUCUUUUCCUUCCCGCACUCUGCGGUGAGGUGUUCUGGGCCGCAGGUAUUCUGGCUGCCCUUGGUGCCACCCUGUCGGUGAUCAUCGACAUGGAACAGGAGACUUCGGUCAUCCUGUCGGCGUGCAUCGCCGUCUUCUACACCCUGUUCGGUGGGUUGUAUUCCGUCGCGUACACGGAUGUGAUACAGCUGUUCUGUAUCUUCAUCGGGUUGUGGAUGUGCAUCCCGUUUGCGUGGGCUAAUGACCACGUUAAGAGCCUAUCCUCGAUGGAGGUCGAUUGGAUCGGUGAGAUCGGCGAGGGCUACACAUGGUUCUACGCCGACUACGGCUUGCUGCUCAUCUUCGGCGGCAUUCCUUGGCAGGUGUACUUCCAGCGCGUCCUUUCCAGCAAGACGGCCGGUCGUGCACAGAUCCUCUCGUACGUCGCUGCAUUCGGCUGCAUCCUGAUGGCCAUUCCGCCCGUGCUGAUUGGAGCCAUCGCUAAGGCAACUCCCUGGAACGAAACCGACUACAAGGGCCCGUGGCCACUGACGGAACAGGAGACGAGCAUGAUCCUGCCAAUGGUGCUGCAAUACCUGACGCCGGACUUUGUAUCGUUCUUUGGGCUUGGGGCCGUCUCGGCCGCCGUCAUGUCCUCGGCCGAUUCCUCCGUGUUGUCCGCCUCGUCUAUGUUCGCACGCAACGUGUAUCGGCUGAUCUUCCGGCAGCGCGCCUCCGAGAUGGAAAUUAUCUGGGUCAUGCGUGUGUCCAUCCUGGUUGUGGGAGUGUUGUCCACCAUAAUGGCCCUCACGAUUCCAUCGAUUUACGGGCUUUGGUCGAUGUGCUCGGAUCUCGUCUACUGCAUUCUGUUCCCGCAGCUACUGAUGGUGGUUCACUUCAAGCAUCACUGCAACACGUACGGCAGCUUGGCGGCGUAUAUAAUCGCAUUCCUCGUGCGCCUAUCCGGUGGUGAAGAAAUGCUCGGACUGUCAGCCCUUAUCCACUAUCCGGGCUACAACGAGGAAACGAAGACGCAGAUGUUCCCGUUCCGUACGAUGGCCAUGAUCAUGAGCCUGAUCACGCUGGUAGGCGUGUCCUGGUGGACGAAGUGGGUGUUCGAGACAGGACGAUGGGCACCACACCACGACUACUUCCGCUGCGUGGUAAACAUCCCGGAAGAGUUACACCGAGUCGGGGAACCGUCGGAUUCGGGCGAACAGCUUUCGGUGAUGGCGGGUGGCAUGACGCGCAUGUAUGGCGCUGCUACAAUGGUGGGCAAGGACGAACGGAAUGGACGAAUAAAUCCAGCCCUCGAACCCGACGACGACCUACCGGUGGCUGAGGCUCAACGACAGAUGCAGCAAUCUGCAGGUGGAGGCGGUGGUGCCGGAGUACAGGGAAGUGUCGUACCCGGUGCUGGUCCUGCCCAGGCUCACACGGCCUUUUGA